AAAUGCAAAAAGUGUACUUAGUCACAUUGCCAUAAGAAUGGUAAAUCAAUAAUAUACUGUAUGUUUGUUAAAUAUACACACAGUAAUCCUAUAAUAUAAGCACAGUUUCGCAAGUAAAAUAAUAAAUAUGUCGAAGAAAUCCGAUCAACCGGAAUUGUACCCUUCUGUGGCUCCAUCAGCCCCAGAUGAAUUUGAACAGCGAGGACCUCCGCCUCCUUCAUAUGAAGAAAGUUUAAAAAUGAAUGGUGGCGCUGGUAGUACAUCACAUCAAUACAUGUAUUCUAAUCCAACCGCAUACCAACAGCAACAAGCCUUUUUACCCCCCGCUGCUUAUCCAACUCCAGGUCCAUCAUCUUGCGGUUACGCCAAUCCCUAUCAAAGACAUAUUCAACAACAACAAAGCUUUUACAAUUCUAUAAAUGUAACACCACAAUCCACCAUUCCCAAUGGCGCAAAUAAUGUUUUAUACUUAGCAAAAGGUGCCAAAGUAAGGACAACAGCUACCGGAGCUAUAAGUAUACCACCACCACCUCCCGGAUGUGCUCCUACACCUGGUCAAUUGGCUGCCAUGUCGGGACAACCAGUCAUGAUUAAGAAAGAGAAAAAAUCCUUUUUCUAAAUUAGUAUUUAUUUCCCAGCUGAUACACAAAAAGUACCUUUGGUAAACGGCAGUGCCUACUUUCUACUAUAUUAUUACUUUCCAUUUAGUAGUUGUGAAUCAUUUACAUGCAUACAUACAUACUUACAAUAUUACGUGUUAUGAAUAAUUAUACAAAAACAUGUAUAAAGAAAUAUGGAUCAAUAAAUGUGUUAAAUAUCAUAAUAUUA